AGCCAUAACAUUGUAUUAGGAUAAACGUUUGAGCUGCUGAAAACGUGAUUCUUUGAUUCUUGUAUAGGCUAGUGGCAUUCCAAGAUCUAUAGAAUUUGCAUUAAACAUUAACCCUAAUAGGAAGUAAUUUACUUUGUCAGUUUAGUUUAUGAUGAUCUCUCAGCUCAAUUUCAGCCCCUUUGAAAACAAAUUUGUGUGGCUGAAGUCCACUUCUUCCAUAAAUUUCCCUCAGGGAACCAUCAGUGAUAUGGUAACAGAUGCUUGUCAGGGGAUUUCAUUUAUCUGCAACAACAUCUCAGAAUAUGGAGGUGACCCAAACAGGAUUUACCUUACGGGACAGUCAGCCGGUGCACAUAUUUCUGCUUGUACUCUUGUGGAGCAAGCAAUCAGAGAAGCCAAGGGAGAAGAGAGCAUCUCCUGGAGUGUUUCCCAGAUAAAAGCAUAUUUUGGUUUAUCUGGUGGGCAAGUUACCAUCUUCCCCUCUCUCUCUCUCUCUCUCUCUCUGUCUCUCUCCCAAAAAGCAGAAGAGAGCUAGUUUAUGCUAUUCCAAAUUGUAAAAUUUGUAGUUAAUACCUUUUCAGAUCUAUGGAUUCAGAAAUUUCCAUUUCCUUUGUUGUAUAGAAAUUUUUGUAUUUUGGAUAUAAUAGAAAAGCAAACAAGCAUCUUUCUGAUUUUUUGAUAAAUUAA